ACUUUGAUUGACCUGUUUGGUGAGUUCCACUGACAAAAGAGGAAACACGGGCGCGGAUAAGUGCAGACGCCUGUUGCUUCUCGAUGUCGAGGGCUCUCAGAGGAAAGGAAGUGAUGCUCCGCUUGGUCCUGCUCGCUUUGCUCAUCGGCACCUGUGCCGGUGCCGGGGAGCAAGCCAGAAGGAAGGCUGUGAAAGCCAAGUCCCUGUCUAGAGGAUGGGGGAGAAAUAUUACCUGGGUGAAGGACUAUGAAGAGGGCCUGUUGAUUUCGUCCGUCAAUAAGAAGCCGCUGAUGGUCAUCCAUCAUCGAGAGGACUGCCCGCACAGCGAAGCACUGAAGAAGGCGUUCGUGGCCGAGAAGAACAUCCAGAAAAUGGCCAAACAGAACUUCAUCAUGGUCAACCUGGUGGAGGAGCCUGAGGACAAGAACAUGUCCCCCGAUGGCUACUAUGUUCCUAGAAUACUCUUCGUUGAUCCGUCCAUGAGGGUGCGCAUAAACAUUGUAGGAAAGUACGAAAACCGCCUCUACGCGUACGAGCCCACUGACAUGGAAAUAUUGGCCCAAAACAUGAAGAAAGCCAAAGUCCUGCUGCACACUGAGCUGUAGCCUGUGACGCCUCUGCAGCCUCCAGUCAUACUGGGAGCUGCUCACUGGUCAAGUGUUUACCAGCUGCUCAGAGCUCAAUAAACAAUGUCAGUAAACAAUAAGCAAA